AGUUCAUUACAAAAUGAUCCGAACCCAAUUUCGUUUGUAUAGAGUCGAAACCUAGGUCUUUCUCUCCACACUUAACAACACAGGCUUCGCAUCAGUUCUCUGAGCCUCUUUUCUCCUCGGUACUCUUGACAGCUUCUGGAUUUGUCACAUUAAUAUCUUGAAAUGGCUAUCGCAUUCUACAACCUCAACUCAGAUGCUGGCCUCAAGAAGCUUGAUGAGUACCUCCUGACACGUAGUUACAUUUCUGGGUAUCAAGCUUCCAAGGAUGACAUCACAGUUUAUUCAUCACUUCCCAAGCCCCCAUCAUCUGAAUAUGUCAAUGCUUCUCGGUGGUACAAACACAUUGAUGCACUUUUGAGGAUCUCUGGUGUAUCUGGAGAAGGUUGUGGUGUAAUCAUUGAAGUUUCUGCACCUAUCCCUUCGGGUGUGGUAACACCACCUGCCACUGACACAAAGGCCUCAGUUGCUGAUGAUGACAAUGAUGUUGACUUGUUUGGUGAGGAGACUGAAGAAAAAAAGAAGGGUGCUGAAGAACAUGCUGCAGCUGUCAAGGCUUCAAGCAAAACAAAAGAGUGUAAUUCGUGGCACAUUUCGCCCUUUUCCAUGCAAGCAGCGGCGGGGCAACUGUCGGCGCCUGUUCCACCAUCUGAAAAAGGCGCUAAUGGUUCCUCUAAAGAUUUCAAGAAGGUUCAAAUGACCAAAAGGACCUUUGUUGAGACGGUGACGAAGGCUCCACGAUUUGGAGAUGAAGUGAUGGAGGAGGCAGGCGAUGCAAAUUGGUUUGAAGAGGAAAUCCUGGUUGAAUCUGACAGUGAGGACGAAGAGGAGUAUCGGGAUGGCAUUCCUGUCGUCAAAAUCUCUAAAGACUUGAGGAAGAAACUCAUCGAGCCUUGGAAAAACGCCCUCAUCCUGAAAUUUCUGGGCAAGAGAAUCAGUUUCCGAGUCCUUCAACACAAACUCCUACGAAUGUGGGCACCGCAAGGGACGUUAAAACUGAUUGAUCUGGGAUAUAAUUACUAUGUGGCACGCUUUGAAUUGGAGAAGGAUUGCAUGCGGGUGCUGUUCGAAGGACCUUGGAAAGUCUUCAAUCAUUAUGUGGUUCCUCAGCGUUGGAAGCCAGAGUUCAUUCCGAGGAAUGUAAAGGCUGAGAAUAUGGCAGUUUUGGUUCGAUUACCAGGACUGCCUAUGGAGUGUUUCAGAGAAGAUACAAUCAAGCUUAUAUUGAAACAGGUGGGCACGCCUUUGAAACUCGACUGGACUACGGCUGGGGUGGAUAGGCGUCGUUUUGUGCGUGCGGCGAUUGAGAUUGAUCUAUCUAAACCUUUAGUCUCCAUGGUUAAAGUUGAGAGCAUGAUACAGAGGAUCGAAUUUGAGGGACUUCAUAUAAUCUGUUUCGGGUGUGGGGAAGUCAGCCACUGUUCGAAUGACUGCCCUAAAAAAACCAUGUGAACAACCUUUGGAGGAAAACCAGAUGAAUCGAGGGAGAGAUGGACCGAGGUACGGGCCUUGGAUGUUGGUGCAACGUAAAGGAAAAACUCCAAUUGCGCCGAACAAGAAACAAGCUGGUGGGGUACAGGCUGGCGGCAGCAGAACCUCACCGGCUAACAGGUUUACCGCCAUCUAGGAAGGACAUAUUGAAGAACUGGAAACGCCGGUUGAGCAAGCCGCUGAAUGAGGGCAACAUGUUGACAGUUUCCCGGCGAAGUCAGGUGACAAUUUGUCAACUUUCAAACUUGCUCCGGUUGAUUUAAACUCUCCUUUGCAGGUGGACGAUGGAUCUCAUGAGGCCCCCCUUAGGCUGGUAUGGGAUGGUCGGGAAAAAAACGGCACCGGCAACCCUAAAGGGAAGAAUAAAAUCCCAAAGGAACAUAGAAGUGGUGGCAGGACCCAAGGUUUAAAAAGGUGUUUUUGAGGCGCGCCUCAAAGUGAGGCGUAGCAGGUAGGUACUGAGGCGUACGCCUCAUACGCGCCUCAAGGUUUUCUGAGGCCUUUUUUCUAGGCGAACCAGUGUUAACCUAAAAGAAAUUUAGAUAAGUUAGGUCUAAUUUAUCUAGAAACCUGACUUGCACUCUUGCGGCUCGCGACUUUGACUUGCGACUUGGGACGAUACUCGACUCUUGCGACGGCGACCUGAAGCACUGGGAGGUCAUCGGAAGCUGGAGGUCGCCGACCUCCCAGUGUCCGGUGAACUCCCAGGUAAAAUUUCAAAGGGUGUGUGUGGAGAUGACUCUAAAGGGGUGGUUGAGGUGAUGAAUGGCUUUAAAGACAAAGAAGGGGAUUGGUACACCUUGGUUGAAGACUGUGCAUCUGAAGACCAAAUUUGACGAUAUCACGUUCUCGCAUGUCUUCCGGAAAGGGAACAAAUGUGUAGAUUUUCUAGCUUAUCUCAGGCAGUCGAGUGUUUGGGCACCUUGGUAUCGGAAGAUCCUCUGGAGGGGAUUGCGUGUCUUCUUGCGGGGGAUGCCUGGGGUGGUGCUUCUCGUAGAAUUAGAUAGUGAUGACGCCUAGCCACUCUUUCUUCACCCAUAAAAAAAAAUGUGAUCAUUGAUUCCAAUUAUUUACCACACAUCCACUACUAUUCAAUGUCUAAUUUAUGCUAUAUUUUGUCACAGGAAUUUUCUGCACUCUGAAGUUGGAAAUUGCAGAUUAGCAGCUGCUUAUACUGCCUACGGCCUACCAAGUGAGAUAGUAAUUCUCAUUUGGUUUUUGUUUGACAUUAAUCUGUGUGUUUCUUGUUUUAGUUUCUUCCUGGAGGUUUCCUGAUUUGCCUCUUUUGCUUUCUGGUUGUACUGACAGACAAAUUGUCUUUUUUAAUAACAUGUUUUCGUAUUUGCAUUUGCCAAA